AUUCAGGUUUUCUGCUUGUGAAGUGGAACUGUAGCUUUUGCCACACCUUUUUGAGAAAUAACAAGAAUCAAUUAGCUGCAAUUCCAAAAGGAUUUUGAUCAAGCCAAGUGAUGCAUAUUACCUGUUAAGCAUUGUUACUUACUAUUGCAUGAUGUCCUAUUUUUCAGUGAGCCCUUGAACUGAUAUUUCCUCCUGAGGAGAAGCAGGCAUCAUGAAACAGAAAUUGACAUCAUCAGUUCAAAUUAUUUUGCUACUUGCUCUGACUGCGGUGGGUCUGAAUGGUCAAUCAUACCCUGGAAAACCUAAGAUAAUAAAGUGUCAUUCUCUAGAAAAGGAAACCUUUUCUUGUUGGUGGAAGCCUGGCUCAGAUGGAGGAUCUCCGACCAAUUACACCCUGUUCUACAGCAAGGACAGUGAAGAAAAAAUCUAUGAAUGUCCGGACUACCGAACGUCAGGUCCCAAUUCCUGCUACUUUGAUAAAAACCACACUAAUCCUUGGACAACAUAUAGUAUCAUUGUAAUGGCAACGAAUGAAAUUGGAAGUAACAGCUCAGAUCCUCAGUACGUGGAUGUGACCUCCAUAGUUCAGCCAGAUGCUCCUGUGAACCUCUCUCUAGAAACAAAAACAUCUGCUAGCAUAAUGUACCUUUGGGCAAAAUGGUCUCCCCCUCCAUUAGCCGAUGUCAGCUCAAAUUCACAUGUAUAUCACUAUGAGCUACGACUAAAACCUGAGGAAAAGGAAGAGUGGGAGACAGUAUCUCUUGGAGAGCAGACAGAGUACAAAGUGAUUAUGAGACAAGCUGGGGUGAAAUAUGUUGUUCAGGUCCGUUGCACAUUAAACCUUGGAGAAUGGAGUGAGUGGAGCUCUGAAAGACACAUUCAGAUCCCCAAAGGAGAGUCACCUCCUGAAAAGCCUACAAUAAUAAAAUGCCGUUCUCCAGAAAAGGAAACAUUUACUUGUUGGUGGAAGCCUGGUUCAGAUGGAGGACAUCCUACUAACUACACUUUGCUUUACAGCAAAGAAGGAGAACAACAAAUUUAUGAAUGUCCAGAUUACAGAACUGCGGGCCCCAAUUCAUGCUACUUCGAUAAAAAGCACACCUCAUUCUGGACCAUAUACAAUAUUACUGUGAGGGCAACUAAUGAAAUGGGAAGUAACGUCUCUGAUCCUCGUUAUGUGGAUGUGACUUACAUAGUACAGCCAGAUCCUCCUGUGAAUGUAACUCUGGAAUUAAAAAAGCCGAUAAAUAGAAAAACAUAUCUGGUCUUGACGUGGUCUCCACCCCCGCUGGCUGAUAUCAGAUCUGGAUGGCUUACCCUUGAAUAUGAGUUGCGACUAAAGCCUGAAGAAGGAGAGGAAUGGGAAACUGUUUUUGUGGGACAGCAAACACAAUAUAAAAUGUUUAGUUUAAAUCCUGGAAAGAAGUAUAUUAUACAGAUUCACUGCAAAGCAGACCACUAUGGAUUAUGGAGUGAAUGGAGCCCAGAAUAUUAUAUUGAGAUCCCUACUGACUUUAGAGUAAGAGAGAUGGUUGUGUGGAUCGUUGUUGGUGUCUUGUCAUCUCUUGUAUGUUUAAUCAUGAGCUGGACAAUGGUUUUGAAAGGGUACAGAAUGAUAGCCUUUUUCCUACCACCAGUUCCAGGACCAAGGAUAAAAGGCAUAGAUACACAUCUGUUAGAGUGUCUCAGAGCAGGAACAAUGGUGCGUGCUGCUGGAUUGUUGCACGCUGCAUCCGGAGUAUUUUUCAUGGCUGGUGUAUCUGGUAUGGUCCAUGCUCGCAGUCUGGAUAUCACAGAUGUAAUUUUCGAUGAAGUUCCUGGGCACCAGUUGAA